GUUCGCUUCACAGCUUCUAACAGGCUGUGCAACUAAAGCGCCCAAGCCUUGUUUCUCGUCGACUUCACUAUCCUAACUCCCUUGUUUACUGUCGAUCCGUACACCAAAUUGCGCCUCACCACCUUUGCUAUGUCUUGCAGAUGAUCUCGUCCUCGCGCAUUCUUUUCGAUCUUGUCAUGGACGCUGUUCUGCUUCUAAUCGCAGGAAACGAAACAUGCCCUCGGCCGCAGACAUCGGAGCACUUUGCCAGGGUUGAAAUCAUGAAGCUGGGAAGCAUCCAUAUUUUGCAGAACAAGGUCGACUUGAUCAGGCUCUUGAGCUCAAAAGCAAUUGUUGUAUUUAUUAAGGGCACGGUCGUCACUCAUCGUUUCUUUAUGCAACCGAAACAUAACACCGACGCUGUCAUUGUCUACCUAUCCUGUCCGCGACUUUGCUUUUCGAUCCCAGUCUCAUCCGUUCCUUCGAUGUCAACAAACCUGGUGCUGAGGUCCGCGAGCUCAAAGCUGGUGUUGCUGGUGGUUUCAUUCUCACGGGUUAGGCCUGUUUCCAGCAGGAUUGUCUCUCUGCACGCUGAGAACAAUCGCUUGCAGCUUGCAGUUUCGGGAGGACUGAUUGGUAUUCCCACCAUGUUUGAUCCUACGCUGUGCAGAGCGGAUCGUCUCGUCGGUCAAGUGCUGGGUGCGGUUGAGAAGCUCCCGAAGGUUUAUACCGCCGUGUUUGAUGGAAUUUCAUACAAAGGAGAAGAAACAAACAAGGGUUUCAAAACUCGCCAAGAACGAGCUCCUAGUGACUAACAUUGGUUCGACAUGUAUUGAGGUUGGAAAAGAUGGCUUUCGAGACGUAUCGAGAAGCAUUGGUGGCUUGUAUGCAGGUGUUUCUGUCGGCUGAGUAGACUGUUUCGCUACCUACUUGAUGUCACCGGAGCUAAUCUACAUAUGUAUCAUUUCUGGGGCACGCAAAUGCAAGUGUUUUAUUUUUAUUUUUAGUACGCGGG